CAGGGGAGAGAGGGGAAGGGCCAGCCAGGUGAAGAGAAGAACACUCCAGGUGAGGGGGGAGGAAGAUCCCGCCCGGAGAGGGGCGGCCGUUCGCCGGAACAGGGGGCAGCGGUGGAGGAACCGCCUCUCGGCCGGGUCCUCGCCUCGCCGCGCCGCCGCGGCUCCUCCCCCGGCUCCGCCCUCCUUCCUGCUCAGCCCGCGGGGACCGAGAUAUGGGGCAGAUCCCCGGGGCCGCCCCCGCCACCUGAGGAACCCGGAAGCUGCCCUCGGCCGCGCCAUGGAAGAGGACGAGGAACUGGAGAGGAAGGCAAUAGAAGAACUUCUCAAGGAAGCUAAACGAGGGAAAACCCGAGCAGAGACAAUGGGGCCUAUGGGCUGGAUGAAGUGUCCUCUUGCUGGUACAAAUAAAAGAUUUCUGCUUAAUACAAUUAAGAACACGUUACCCUCUCAGAAGGAGCAAGACCAGGAGCAGAAGGAAGACAAUAAGGAACCUGAGCCAAGUCAGAACCGGAAAGAAGAAAACCCAAAGAAACACAGAACUCAUCCGUACAGACACAACUUCCAGUCUCGGAGAAGAGUUAGUUAUUCUCCUCCAAGGAAGCGGAACACCCAGGAAAAGUAUGAAAAGCAAUCUAACAAACGAUGAGGCAGGCCCUGAAGAAUAGGCAAGACUGUUACAAGCAAUGAAUGUCAUUCAAUUUGGGGCUGGUAAAGUUUAGCUCUCUUUAAAUGGAGAAAGUUGUUCAGUGCAGGUCUUUAGCUAGCAGGGAAGAUAGCUAAGAAAAACAUUAGAGGAGAUAGAUAUUUUGUUGUGUUUUUUAAAGAGUCUGUUGGUCACAAACAAAAAUGACCUAGUAAUUCUUCCUUCUGAAAAUUAAUACUAAGAGUAGAAGUCUUGACAAGUUUAUCAUACUUCAGUUGUGUGUGUGUGUGUGUGUGUGUGUGUGUGUGUGUGUGUGUGUGUACAUUUGUUAUUGCAACUUCUUUCAAAAGUUAGUUUGGAAAUAAACAAAUCUACACUUAGAUUUUAAGUUUUCCUAAGAUUAUUUAAACUAGUUCAAAAAUAUCUGUUGUAUUUUAAUUGUGAUCAUUUUUCCAAGUUGGGAGCAAAAUUGAAAUUUCUUUAGCUCUGUAUUUUAGAUUGGGAAUAUCAAAUUUAGUAUGUCCAAGAAAGCUAAACAGCAAAAAUCUUCUGGUUGUGGAAUAUGUUAUUUAUAAAACCUCCUUCUAGUCUUCAAGGGCUAGAGUUUAUCAAGAACUUUGUUGAUAUCUAGUAUUAAUUUUUGCUUGGGUAAACAAUGUAGAAUAUUCUUAAAAUAGCUUUGAAUUUAUUACCUAAGAGAUGAUGAAAAUUCAAUCUUGUCCCUCUCUCAGCAAAACUUUGAUCUGUGUAAACUGCAUUUUUUUUUUCUUAAUUUGAACUUUUCUCCAGAAAAAAGAAAUUGGGAGGAAUAUACUUUUGGGCUUUAGAAAUAACCAUCAUCUAAACUUACUGUGAUUUGAUUGAUACUGAGGAUUUUAUUCUGUGCUCUUUGGUUUUAUAGCUUAAAUCCCCUGGUAUCACAGUGCAAAGUUGUAUCAGAAAUCUUCUUUUUGACAAAGUGUGUUGGAUUUUUUUUUCCAGUGUAGGCAUAGGCAUUUCUUAAUGAUAUGAUUCUGACUCUCACAGAGAGUCCCACUCCCACCCCCACACCCCACCCCCAAACUCUGGACUACAUAACAAUGUCCUCCUAGACCACAGAGAGAAGAGUCUCUCCACUCCCUUCCCAAAUUUUCCAAGGCGGCUGGGCUUAUGCCUGGCUGCCCCCAGAUAAUCACUCAGCCACAGACCUACUCCCAGCGGCCAAGAAAAGCUCUUUCUCUGCACUGAAAAUCAGCACAUUAGAAAGGCCAGCUUGGGAGUGCUGUAGAGAAGCCAGAGAAUGCCAUGACAAAAUUGCUCUGUCUUCCCCAGGGCUACCCCACCACACCAUCUUUGUGUGCCCUGGGCCAUGCACCCAAACUUUUCUAUGAAGCCCAAGCUUCUGUGUGGUCAGAAGCUUGUGUGUAGAACCACUGCAACUAGGAGGAUGGGGAAAAAAUUCCUCAUUCGUUCCUGCCCCUUCCUCUCCCCCCACUCCAGUCAAAAAAAGUACAGAGGGAGUCUUUCCAUAACUUUCUAGCAGCGGAUUCCCACCCCCUUAAUACACAGAAGGAAGAACUAUGUUAAAUUUGACUUUAUACAACAGUUGUCAUGCUUAGAUGAUCCUAAUCUUUACAGCUAUACUAUUUGUGUUAAUUUAUUUUACUUUGAAAUAUUUUGUAUUUAAAUAUCCCUAGAAACAGAAAAGUUAAGAAGUUGGGAUUUUUUUGUAAAUUCUUGUUUUAAAUGAGUAAAAAUAAAUGAGUUAAACUGUGUCA